UGGUGGUUUGUGGCAAUGUCGUGUGACCUGUGCAUUUUGGUUUCUCAGGCAACAGCAUGGGGUUCAGAUGAAGACACCAGGAGGUCCUGUCAAAGUAAAGGGAAAACAGAGGAAGAGUGCCAGAACUAUGUCCGAGUGCUGAUUGUUUAUGGCAAGAAGGUUUUUACCUGUGGUACCAAUGCCUUUUCACCAGUGUGUUCCAGUCGUCAGGUAGGAAAUCUUAGCAAAAUCAUUGACAGAAUUAAUGGAGUGGCUCGGUGCCCGUAUGACCCCCGGCAUAACUCAACAGCUGUGAUUACAUCACGAGGAGAACUCUAUGCUGCAACUGUAAUUGAUUUCUCUGGACGGGAUCCUGCUAUUUACCGCAGCCUUGGAAAUGUUCCCCCACUCAGGACAGCACAGUACAACUCCAAAUGGCUCAAUGAACCUAACUUUAUUGCUGCCUAUGACAUCGGUUUGUUCACCUACUUCUUUUUUCGAGAGAAUGCGGUAGAACACGACUGUGGGAAAACAGUAUAUUCUCGUGUGGCCAGGGUCUGCAAAAAUGACAUUGGAGGGAGGUUUUUGCUGGAGGACACAUGGACAACUUUCAUGAAGGCCAGGCUGAACUGCUCCCGUGCUGGAGAAAUCCCUUUCUAUUAUAAUGAAUUGCAAAGCACCUUCUACCUUCCUGAGCAAGACCUGAUCUAUGGUGUCUUCACCACUAAUGUGUAAGUUGCACUGCUUUUACUGU